AUGGCCGAUUCGUCCACUCGCUCCGAGCUUCCACGCAUCAGCGACGACGACAUGUUGGAGAUGAACAAGGAAUUAGAGAGGAUGACUGAAGACGUUGAGAGUAUGUCAGCGCACCUGACCUGGAUGGCCUAUGAUAUGGUGGCACUGCGGACUAGUCCGGAGCUGGGAGCCUCUAUGCAAAAGCUGAAGGAAGCUUAUCUCAAAUGUAGAGCUGCUGUUUGCGGAGACCCUGACCAGGAGUCACAGAUUGACAAAUCUGCUGAGACUGCUGUCACAACACUUUCUCAGAUGUGA